GUUAUCGCGUCCUUGACUCUCAACUUCAUUAAAAUAAACAUUCCUCAGUCUCCAUAAUCAAAACCUUUGCGUCCGAGACUCCACUCGAACUGGGAAAUCUUACUGACAGCAAGGCAAACUUCAGUUUGGACGUCAUCUAGUACGAUGGCUUCUGGUGAAUUCACAGAGGAAGAGCAAGGCCGGUACGACCGACAAAUUCGGUUAUGGGGUAUAGAAGCGCAGCAGAGGAUGCGUAAUGCUACUAUUCUUGUGGUCAGGCUUAGGGGAACUGCCACAGAGACCAUUAAAAACAUAGUGCUAGCGGGUAUUGGGAAGCUGAUUCUUGUAGAUGCGGACGAUGUAGAAGAGGAAGAUCUUGGUGCGGGAUUUUUUUUCCGCGAUGACGAUGUGGGGAAAAAGAGAGUCGAUGCGGCAAAGGCACGAAUCGAAAACCUGAAUCCACUUGUGACCGUUGAAACCGUCCCAAGCUUCAAUGUUCUGAACAAUCAAAACUUUGAAUCUACUGUAAAUGGUGUUGACCUCGUUUGUAUUACAGAAUGGGACCGUGAUGAUCUUAUUCGCCUGAAUAACAUAUGUCGUCGGUCGAGAAAACCAUUCUAUUCAGGAGGAACCUAUGGUCUUUUAGGAUAUAUUUUCUGCGAUCUACUAGACCAUAAUUACAUUUCUCCAGAUCGAUCUUCACCUAAGGAUGCUCCAAAGAGCAUCCAAAUGAAAGUAUCAUAUCCAUCUUUACAGGAUGCAUUACGCCAUCGAUGGUCCCUUCUUUCCAAACGUCAGACGAAGGAGCUCAAUCCAGCUUCGGUAUUCGCUAUAUUAGCUCUUUGGCAAUUUCAAUCGAUUCGAAAGCGUCUUCCUAUCGGAGCACAAGAUGUUGGAGAGCUUCAACAGAUUGCAGACGCUCUAGUUUCCGAAGCAGAUGUGAACAAACAAGUCAUCACGACGGUACCUCACAGUUUGAUUGAAUCCGUAACGAUGACAGCUGUACAUGAGUUUUCACCUGUCUGCGCCAUCGUUGGUGGUCUGCUGGCCCAGGACAUCCUGAAGACGCUUGCCGCCCGUGAGCCUCCUAUCGCUAAUUUCCUCACUUUCGAUGGGAACAUAGGCGGCGCAUCGGUAUGCAAGUUAUCCAUGUCAUGACGUAGAAUUCCUACAUCACCUGAGUAUAGACAAUGUGUAUACUUUGCCGUUUUGCUGCUACUCGUGUAUCUUCCUUCAAUGAUCCCUCUCGAUCGUCCGGGAUAAGGCGGGAUACAUAAUCUCAUCUCUGGUCAGAUUCCUGCUCCAUGGGAUCCAGCAGGUUAGUCUGAAAAUAUAGCGAGUCGGAGCAUAUAAACCAAGACCGAGCA